UCAACGGUGUUAAAUUUAAUACUAUUUAUCAUAUUGUAUGUUUUGUUUCAGAAUACAAUUGUAAAGAAACAGUUUGCCAUGGCGUCAAAUGUGAAUGACAAGGUAAAAACUCUCCAUAACACAAUGGUGUUCAACAUAAGUACCGAAAUAUUUGGAGACCAAUUGGAGAAUGUGAAAUUUCUAUUUAAGGAUACUCCGCUGACAUCGCAUGAUAUGUUUAAAAUUAAAAACAUCCAAACACUCUUCGAACAUCUCAUGAAUUACAAAACAAUCGAUUAUGGAAAUUACCAAAAGUUUGAAUCUAUGAUUGGGUGCAUACAUCCAAAGGUGUGUUCAAUGGUACAGGAGUGUGCUGUGAAAAUCAACCAACUGAAGAGUAACCUAGACGACCAAGGUCCAUCAACAGCCACACAACGAAAGACAGAAGAUCAAAGUCAGCAACAGUCUACAGGUAUGUGGGAUCGUAGUUUUUGGGAUGUAAAAUCAAGGCGAGAUUAAAUUGAUAAUUGCACAUGUGUAAUGGGAUUUGUACAUAAGUACAGGUUUGUGUGAGAAGUACAUGUGAAGCAGGAUGUACACACAAGUACAGGUUUGUGUGAGUAGUACAUGUGAAGCAGGAUGUACACACAAGUACAGGUAUGUGUGAGAAGUACAUGUGAAGCCGGAUGUACACGUAAGUACAAGUUUGUGUGAUACGUUCGUAUGAAUUGAGAUGACAUACACAAAAGUGCAGGUUUGUGUUAUCAGUACAUGUGCAGUGGAAGAUAAAGGGGGCAAAUAUGUUAAAAUCUUUCCGUAUAUAUACUUCUUUUGAAUAGAGGCCAAGUCUUCUUAAUAACCAAAUGUCUCAGAAUGAUCAUGCUUACCAGUUACAUGCAAGUAUGAAGCGCUUUCAAUUUUGUUCAAAUGAACAGCCUUCACCAAUUAAGGAAAUUGUGGUCAAAUGUACUA